AUGCCGCCGUACAAGCACCUCUCGCCCGAGGAAGUCAACCAUUUCCUCACCAAGGGUUGGCUCUGUGUCCCAGGUGCAAUCAAGGAAGAAUAUAUUCACAAAUGGAUGCAAGACCUAUGGGUCAGGGUUGGCUAUGAUGAGCAUGACCGGUCCACUUGGCACAGCGAAUACUUGCAUCUUCCCAGGCAUCGAGAGGUCCCAGCUGAACAAUUUACCCCAGAGGCCUGGGACAAAAUUGUUGAAAUUUGCGGCGGCGCGGAUAGGAUCGACCCGGUGCGCGAACGAUACUACGGAGACGCGUUCAUCAUCAACUUCGGCAGUAGCGAGAAAGCCUCUCAGAUUGACGACUCCGCACCAUUCCGACCUCAAGACCUGCGCGGUUGGCAUACGGACGAUGACUGGUACCGUAUGUUUCUUGACUCGUCAGGGAAUGCCUUGACGGUGAUCCAUGCCUUCACUGAUAUUCCGGCUCGAGGUGGCGGCACUUGCGUGUGUGAAGACGCCCUCAAAGGUGUUGUCGAGUACCUCUAUGCCCACCCCGAAGGCCUUGACCCACCCAUCGAUCAUCAGCAGCGACAGUGCGCACACAUCAAAGAUUGCAAACAGUUCUCAACCAUCGUCGCCAAAAAGGGAGAUGUUAUUCUUCUGCAUGGUCUCCUUCCUCACUGCGCGAGUCCAAACUACCUGCAUUACGCCCGAGUUAUUUCCAACCCACAUGUCUCGCUCCACAGUCCAUACAACCUCAACCGCCCAGAUGGCAAUUAUAGUCUUCUUGAGCAAGUGAUCCUCCGCAACCUCGGCCGUGAUUCUGUGCCAGAUUUCAAGCCCACAAGAGAGCGAAAGUUUUGGUAUCCCCGCAACGCAGGGUUCAAACGGGCCAAGGCGGAUGCUGAGCUCCAGCGUAUGGUUGCAGCAGCCAAAUCCAAGGGCCUAGAUGAACGGUCAGUUGACAGCAUAUAUCUUCGCCGUGGCAGCAAGGAGUUUGAAGAGUUCGAGAAGCGCAAUGGGUUCGAUAGGGAAAUUAAUGGAGAGAGCGGUCUUUUGAUGGAGCAGCAUAGCCUGUAA